AUGACGCAGACUUACCCCCUGGAGCCGUGUGACUUGGAGGCAGCGGUGGUAACGGUGCCCUGGACAGAGCAGUUGAGACACAAGAUCCUCCUGCUACGUCUUCAGCGGCCCUAUUUCAUCUAUUGCCUCCUCUGCUCACUGCUGGCGGCAGCGGCUUUCCUCUCCACGCUCGUCGAUCUUUGGAAGUCAGGCAACGCAAAGGGUUGGCAUGACAUUCUGGAGGGUGGCACGUGGCAAAGUGCCUGCUGGUCUUUGGUCACCUUCGCGCUUUUCGCCGAGGUGAUAUCCAACUUGUUCGUCAGGGGAUGGUCCUUCUCGCGUGACUGGUGGUGCCUUUUUGACGCUGUCCUGCUCACACUAACAGUGCUGGCUUGGGCGGUGAUGCAUCUGAGGAGAGCCUCCGUGAUGCGAGAAGAAGCAGAAGAGGCAGAUUUGUGGCUCCUUUUCCUUCGCUUUUUGCUGCAGCCUUGCCGCGUCUUGGCGGCUGCAGCGGCCGUCCGGAAGGUGCAGCAGAUGCAGCGUGGCUGCGUGGACAUCCGCUUCGAUGGCCUCGAUAAACACUCGGCCGACCGAGACCGGGACGUGCGCAACGACCUGAGUCACCCUACAAAUCCGUCUCCGCGCGAUGUGGAGUUGCAGAGCAAGAUGGUCUGA